AGUUUUGUCUCUGCCACGUCUGUCUUCUAGGCCACUACUCGUCUCUGCUUGAUGUGGAAUUGGCUCAAAGGCAAGCCCUGGGAGGCUGCCCUCUUUGGCUCUGUCUUCCAAGGCAGGUGCGGCCCCUCUGUGUCCUCUGCAGUGCUGCUUAGCAGGACACGAUCCAGAGCACCAGGGCAUCUUUCUGAAGUUUUGCAGGGCGUAGGGAGGGGCCCCUUGCGGAAGGUUCCGGGAGGGCCCCUUUGCUCCCGGCUCGGUGAGGCCGUCCCAUCCUGCCUGAGGCUGUGGCUGUCUUCUCAGGGCUAGGCCAUCUGUGCCUGGAACUGGGCACGCCUGGCUGGACUCAGUCUCUCUCCACAAAGGUUGUCCAGCGUCCCAGACCAUGCGGCAUGGAGGCUCCAGAACCCACCUGCCCUGCCACACCUGCCAGAGAGCAGCCCGCUCCUGUGCCUGGUCGCCCAGGGGCCCCGGGUGGGCAGGCCUCGCCUCGCCUGACCCUGGGCCCCGUGCUCCUGCCGCCAGAGCAGGGCCUGGCACCCACCGUGUUCCUCAAGGCGCUGCCCAUCCCACUGUACCACACUGUGCCUCCGGGGGGCCUGCAGCCCCGCGCCCCGCUGGUGACGGCCGGCAGCCUGGACGGGGGUGGGGUGCCUUUCAUCCUCAGCCCCCUGCUGCAGCCUGAAGGGACCGUGAGCAUCGUGGGUGCCCUGCCGGUGCUGUCGCCCGGCCCGGGACCGGCGCUGGGCAGCCCGGGCAAGGUGCGGAAUGCCGGCAAGUACCUGUGCCCGCACUGUGGCCGCGACUGCCUGAAGCCCAGCGUGCUGGAAAAGCACAUCCGGUCCCACACGGGCGAGCGGCCGUUCCCCUGCGCCACCUGCCGUAUCGCCUUUAAGACCCAGAGCAACCUGUACAAGCACCGGAGGACGCAGACGCACCUCAACAACUCCCGACUGUCCUCAGAGUCGGAGGGGGCCGGGGCAGGGCUCCCGGAGGAGGGUGACAAGGCCGCAGAGUCCUCCAGAGCCAGCAUGGCAGAGACGGCCCUGGAGAGACCCCUCUCCUUGGGAGCCCAGCUGCCCCUUGGGCCCGCACCCACCGACAGGGAGGCCCCUUUGGACUCGACCCCCGUGCCGAGCCCUGGGCUGCCACCAUGCAGCACGCAGCUCUGGCGGCAGCAGCAACAGCCGUCCCAGGACCAGAGGCCAAGCUCCCUGCAGCAGCAGGCCACGCUGUCGGAGAAGCCAUGGGAGCCCAGAGGCUCCGAGGGCCGGCUGAGGAAGUGUGAGAGCACCGACUCGGGCUACCUGUCCCGCUCCGACAGCGCUGAGCAGCCGCAGCCGGUGGCCAGCCCGCUGCACAGCCUGUCUGAGCACAGCACUGAGUCCGAGGGAGAGGGAGGCCCCGGCUCGGGAACUCGGCCCCAGACAGAGUCCCGCGUGCCAGGGCACAGCCUGGAGCUGGAGAAGAAGCGCCUGGAGGAGCGCAUCACUCGACUUAUCUCGCACAACCAGGCUGUGGUCGGCGACCCCCAGCUGGAGCACGUGCGGCCCCGCAAGACGGUCCUCUCCAAGCAGGGCAGCAUCGACCUGCCCACGCCCUACACCUACAAGGGAUCCUUUCACUUCGACAUCCGUGCGCUGGAGCCUGGCCGCCGGAAGGCCACCCUGGGACCAGCCCGUUCCACCCUGGCACCUCUGGACAAGUCACGGCCCCUCUUUUUCCACUCUGUCCCCACUCAGCUCUCCACCACUGUGGAAUGCGUCCCUGUCACCAGGAGCAACUCACUGCCCUCCGUCGAGGGCUCCAGGACUUGGCCGGAACCUGCCGACCCGCAGGGCACAGGGGCUGGCAAGCAGCCUCGGCCGCUGAGCCCCAGGCGGGCCGCCCCAGGUCGCUCAGGGUACCGUGGGGGGCUGACCUUGGCUGACAUCCCCAGUGGGCACCCCCGUGCUCUGGUCAGACAGGCUGCUGUGGAGGAUCUGCCCUGGACCCCUGCUGGGGACACCCUGGGCCCGGAAGAGGAGGCAGCUGGGAGAAGAGCCACUCCAGGAGAGGGGGCCGCCAGCAAGGGCAGAGUGGCCGGCCGCAGGAGGAGUGGCCAGAGGCGGCUGGAGAUGUUUUCCCAGGAGAAGUGGCAGGUGUAUGGGCACGAGACGUUUCAGAGGUUCUACCAGAAAGCCAAGAGCAACUGCCACGGGAGAGCCGGGGAGGGCAGUGGGGGAGGUGGGACAGGCGCAGAUCCUCCCCCUCCCCAGGAAGAGGCUGUCGGGGGCCAGCAAGGAACAGCCCAGAACAGGGAGAUCCCGGCCCACGGGCACGCUUCUGGAAGUGUCAAGCCAGACGAAUCCCUGGGGCCCAAGUCCCCAAAGCUGGGGGAGGAAAAGGCCGGAGCAGGGGCCCAUGAACAUUGUAGGACAACCAGAGCCAUGCCACCUCUGUCCCCGGGCAGCAAAGCCCAAUCCUGCUCGGCCAGCAGGAACCCCCUGCUCCUUCCAGGCACGAGGCUGGAGCUGCCCCCCGCCCCUGGCCCUCUCCAACAAGGGGACCUGGAGGCCUCCAGGCUUGCUUUGCCAGAACGCAGCCAGGAAGGAGGUGUGGAGGACACGGGUCCCCGGGCCUGCAGCAUCCUGAGAUGGCCCAGCAGUGGUUCCGGGGAGCCGAAUCUCCCCUCAGAGCGCAAGAAGCCCAAGGUGGAGGGGCUGGGAAACCCAGAGCCCCUGGUGGCAGAAACCCCAGGGGUCCCUGCAAGAGUUACCUCUCCAGGGCCCCAGCAGCAGGACAGUGACUCCCAGAAGACCCCAGAGCAGCUGCACGGGAGCGUCAGGCAGGUGGACGAGGCCCUGGAGUCCCCCGGCAUCUCCUCAGAGGAGUCUACCCAGCACGCUGUAGCCAUGGGCCCUGGCCAUCAAUCCACGGUGGCUCCCCCGCCUCGGGCCACAGCACACGACGCCUUUCCCCCCAAGUACCUCCUUAGGCUACCUCAGCGAAAGACACCCCCAUCCCUGUUUGGCUCCCAACCUCCCUGGCAAGACCAGGACUCCCUCAGAAGGAGUGGGGGGCCCAAGGAACGGGCGUCUUUUGUGGGAUCUGCCCUGACUGUCAGCACAGCUCCCGGCCCAGCUCCCGGGCAGGCUGGCAGCACCUCGUGGACCUCCCAGGAGCCCAGGGCUUAUGCCCAGAGGAAGAAGGAGAAAGUGGGAAUGGACUGGGGGGCCAGGGCAGUCUCCUUCGGCCCCUCCUUUAUCCAGGAUGCCGAGGUGGGGCCCCAUACCCUGAGCCAUCCUUGCCCCUCAGCAAGCACCAGGCCCUCCGGCAGUUACCCGGAUCUCUGGGACUCCAGCCUGAGGCUGGCCAGGCUGCCUGGGAAUGCCCUACCAGAGCCUCCUCCAGGGCCUGGCCUGCAGCUGACAUUCCCCUGCCCUGUGAAGCCUGGCAUCUUCCCUACGGUCGCAGGCCGGCCCGAGCUGGCCUUGUCUCCUCACUCAGGGAACUCCAGGAACUUGAGGGACCCCGGCACCUUCCCCUCGCUGAAGAUGGAGCCCCAGCUCACGUGGUGUUGCUUGAGCCGCAGUGUGCCACUGCCAGUGCAGCAGGAGAAGGCCGCCUCUGUGUACCUGGCCAUGUACUUCCCGGGAGGCGCCCUCUGCGACGAGGGCCACAACCCCCAGCCUGUGGGCCAGAAGGAGUGGACCAGGACACACUCAGCAGGAGAGCUGGCCCUGAUGCCCAAGCUCUCCCACCCAAUGCUCCCAGGGGUGACAUCCCAGCACCCGGCAUCUGAGCCUGAAGGGAAGAAGGGACGGCCUCCUCGGAGGGCGAAGACGCCGCGCAGAAGCAGCAGGCAGAGCAAGCUGAGGAUCAACCCCACGAGGUACAGAGGGGAUUUCCUGCACAGCCUGGGCCCACUGCGAGCCAGCAGACUGCGCAGGCCACCCUGGGUGCUGACAAGGAGCUGCCACCCUCCUCCACCUAGGGGGACAGGCCCAGCCAGGACCCUCGGGCAGUCUUCUUCAGAUAUAGCAGGUGUCAGAGCACCAGCACAGCCACCUUGUGUCACCUCGGAACAGACCCUUUGGUGUGGGGAGGAAGAGGACUGCAGACAGACCCCAAGACCGAGCUCUCCUGGCUCAAGGACUCCGAAGGCUCUUUCUCCAUCUGCCGGCGAGCGGAGUGACCCUCCCAACGCUGCCGUGGUGCCAGCACUGUCUCUGCAAGCUGACACCUGCCUGGCAGCAGCGUGGGACAACCUUGUGCCCCACGGUGAAGGUCUUGACCUUGGGAAGCCCGAGACUCAGCUGCUGCCCUCCCCGGACCGAGUCGCAGCAAGUCCCAAACCAGGCACUUCCUCCGACACUCCGGAGUCUUCUCCCUCUGGACCCAGCGGAGCCCUUCUUUGCCGUGACACUGCUGCUUCGGGGGCCGCCUGUGUGUCCCUGGCGGUGCGAGCAGCUCACACAACCUUGGCUAGGCAUGGUGUGGAGCCACGGGGGCACAGCCGUACUGCAGGGGAGAGUGUGAAGCCAAGCACCCCGGAUGGAAAAGCCCCAGCCCAAAGCAUGGCACAGGCACUUUUGUCAGGGAAAUGUUUGUCUGAACAAAUAAUGUCAGGCUCAGCUCUACUGGGGUCAGUUGGACAAACUCAUCUCAAAAGAUCAGCUUCAGGACCCAGUUCAACUAAUUCACACCAAGAGGAAGGGAGACCCAACAUAUGCUUGCCUCCCAGGGGGCAGAGUGGCUGCAGGGACACAGCCACCCCUACCCCUUGCUUAGGAAGCGAUGUUGGGCCAUGUCAGCUGUCUGGAUUAGUCACUGUGAGGGGCUGUGUGGCUCCUUCAAAGCCGGGGCAGCCUUUGGACUCUGCUGAAAGCCCUUUGAAGAGCACCCAGAAGGGGGGUUUGGAAGGCAUGAGGAAGCAGACCCGAGUGGAGCUCAGUGACACCAGCAGUGACGACGAGGACCGGCUCGUCAUAGAGCUCUGAGGCUUGCCGAGAGAGAUGGCUGUGAAUGAGUGUCGUCCGGCUGAGAAGGACAAGGUUUGAUUUAGGAACCAUCUUCAGAUCAGGAAAGUGAGGUGGGGUUCUUUCCAAGCCGAUUGCAGUAAGUGCACGCUGCGGAGGGCUUGUGAGCUCCAAGGCCCUGGAACUGUGGGAGAGCUUGAGAAAGAAUUGGGGUGUGAAAUGAGUGUUGGGGUGCUCCUUGUACUUUCUGGAGACAAAAUUUAGAUUCCUUCAAAAACUGAUAUUUGGUGGAAAUAAUUUGCCUCCUUCGUGGAAGUUGUAAAUAUACUUCAAAAUGCCUAUGUCAUGACGAAAUGCUGAUCCUAUUUUAAAUGUUACACAAAGAGUCAAGUGUAUUUAUGGCCAAACGCCACAAGCACGCCAGGCUUUUGUGCCCAGUACCUCUGUGGUGGAGCAAAGUCUCACUGUGUGAAAAGUUAAUAGAACAGCCUCUUGGAAUGAGUCAUAUACUUUUUUUUUUUUUUUUGAGAGGGAAAAACUCACUUAUUUUCCUCUGAUUCUUUCUGUCAUAUUGUGCUCUGAGCAAUUCCAAUUAGAGGGUUACACUUUAGUAAUUGGCACAGCUUAAAAAUUGAUGCCUGCUCAUCGUGACGGGAGCCGUUCAGAUUUUCUCCAGAAGCUUCAGGGAUACAAAAACUAAUUGGAGUUUUGACACUGUUUUACAUCUCAGUAAUUUCAUUUUGGGGGCUUGGUGAUACUUCGCUGUCAAAUCCCAUCAGUCUCCGCACUGAACAAGUGAGGGCAGCACGGAGAAAGCUCACUGCGACGCAGAGCCAGUGUGCCCCUUUGCAGGGGACCACGCUGCUCUGUGCCAGCCAGCCAGCCAGCCUCGGACUUGCACUCCUCUCUCCCUCUCCGUAAGUGGCAGAGGAAGAACUUAAUAGAGGUUUACAUUGCUGCCUUUCGAUACACUUUUAUACUUGCUUUUGGUAUGAUUUUGUACAAUUUGAAAUUUACAGCGGAGCUCUCUUGGCUUAACUUGGAUGUGAAGAUGCUCAUGUGACAUCUGGCACUGCCAAGCCGAGGCAGCGGUGCGAAGCAUCUGACACAGGGGACUGUGCCUUCACAAGUCCUCGCCUCUGACCAAGUAGGAUCAACUUUAGGAUAUCCUCACGCGGAUUCUCCAGUUUUAGUGUUAGCCACAGGAAACUGUCGUGCAAGACCAGCUUCCCCAGGGGUGAUUUAGCCUAUAUCUGCAGUCAUUUCAAAUCACUUGUAAAUAAAUAGCCAAAUGAUUGCCAACCCAGUCAAGGAAGGCGUGAGAAGGCAGGUAAGAGGGAUGUCCACUCGAUGUGCAUUUAAAACCAAACCAAGGAAUGCAGUGACGGCGCGGUCCAUGCCCCCGGACUGAUGGAGUCUGUGCAGGGAAGUGGUCUGAGUCACGGAGAGAGGAGAUUGAAGUCCUGACUGGGUUGAGCCAGCUGGGACAUUUUGGUUCUGGCCCUUUCUGCAGUUCAUUUUUCGUAAAUGAGAACAGCAGUUGGACAAGGCGAAUGGAGUGUGUGUCUCCAGGUCCCAGUGCUCGUGAGAGCAGAUGGUCAAGCACUGAUUAAGAGAAAACUGUCCUGCAGAUCCUUCCUUUCUCUGUGGCUGAAGGGGUGUUGGCGAAGCCAUUGAACCAAAAUCACAGCUCCACACAGAAACAAUAUUGGGGUGCCGGUGGCAGCUGUGUCCUUGUGUGAGCCCCUGUGGCUCACAACCUAGCAUGGUGGUGUAUGGAUUUCACUUCCCUGUGCAUCUUACAGAGGAAGGCAGGAGCCACUUGGCAAACAGGCCACAUGUUUGCAGAUACAUCUUGCUUUGCAUCAACAUGAAUUUGUGGAAGUGACCUUUCAGUGAUGUCUUAAAUUAAAAAAGAAAAAUGAAUCUUUCAUAACUCUAGAGAAGCUCAUCCUAAGUAGAGAUUCUUUUAGAACCAAGAAGGUUUAUUAUAUAAAGCCACGGACCACCUCUGAUUUAUAAGUCAUGACUUUCCAGUGGGUUUGCAGUUAUUUGCAGGUCAUAUCAGUGGCCUGAACCCCAGUUUGGGUUCCUGCAAGAAUACAUCGCUCAUGGCUCACUGCUCAUGGCCUGCGGAGGAGAGCGCUUUGGCUCUCCCAUGAGCAGCCUUGGUUGUGAAACAACCCAUAAAGGUCACAUGGUUUACAAGACAACCUGAACCCUCUUUGUUAUAGCAACAGGCUCUCUCCUGCCGUCCUGGGGCUCCCAGGUGGGCUAACGCCCCUCUUGGCAACCAGGAGAAAAACCUAUGGCUCGCUUGCCAACGGAUCACCAAAACAAGGGAGCAUGCUUCUCAAUUCUAAGCAAGCACCAGGGGCAGAAGCACAGCGCCUGGAGCAGGUCUGACGCCCGUGCAUGCUCCUGUGGCCUCUGCGGCCUCCCGAGUGUGCUCUGACCGCAGUCCUUGGCAUGCGUGGGAAAUGACUUGCAGUCUCUUGCCAGAAAGAAUUUCCUCAUGUUUAUAUCCAUUACCUAGAACAAUCACAUUAUUCAACUUUUUUCCACACAAAAAUUUGCAUUUUGGGCAAAAUUUGCCUGCUGCAGCGGACUUUUACAGUUAUGGAAACUCAUGACUAUGCCCAGCCCCUCAGGCCUGCUGUGCUGUGGUGAGAACAGGGCUGUCCCCAGCCCGUGGGCCUCCAACUGUCGGCUCUAGCAUUCAGCAAGCUGCAGGUCUUUCCCUCUUUGCAGCUGUUACUGCCUUUAUCACACUUGGGAGACACUUUGAAACACUACAUUCCAUGAUAGCAAAGCACAACUUCUCCACCUUACCUUUUGGAGUUCAUUACUACAGGUGUCAGGGCUAGACAGUCCUGUCAGUUGGGUUUCUGCUGGCCUGAAUCUUCCCCUCUGUGCGCUGUCCAGCGUGGGCCUGUUUACGUGUCAGGCUGCGGAAGCCUAAGGCCCCUGUGCACAUGACGUCACCAGUGACGGAGAAGAGCCGGGGAGGACCCUCGCCUCUGCCCCUGCCCCCAGGCGGGGCGCUUGGUAUCUCAUGCUGUAGUCAACUGCUCGUGACUUGCUGCUCUGUGGCUCGUUCAUAACUGGGGAAGCAACUGUUGUUUCCUGGUUGGUUGUUGAAAUCACUUCUUUCUUUAUAUGGUUAAAUUAUUUU